AUGGUGAUCUUCGAGCAUGCCUGGAACAUGCAUGUAAGAUCCACGAUGAAGAGCGACAGCGUCGAGCACAUUCUCAAAGAGAAGAGUGCGUCCUGGUCCAAAGCCAACUUCGUCAAGGCGCUGUCCCAUAAAUUCGGCUGCGAUCCUGCGUUUUGGCCGCAGCAGAAGUUGGUGAAGGGCGCCGCCGCCUACAUGGUCUUCGAGUGCUUGAACGAGGAACGCCUUCACGACUCUCGUGCGGCGGUGCAGUUUGAGAACAUGUUCGUCACCUCUUUGCACACGUAUCUGCCGGUCCUAGCCUUGUGGACCGGCGGGGACCUCAACACCCUCAGCCCUCAGGCGGGAUUCAGGGUUUAG